ACUCAUUAGAUUGGAGGAGAAAGUUGAAUUGGAUCUGUGCUGUGUCUUCUUCCUCCGUGUUGACCGUACUGACGGAGUCUGUCGGCGGGUCUGUUCACAUGCAAAUGACCCAGAGGGAGGCGGCAGCCGCGGGGAGAGACGACAGAAGCUCGGUGUGUUCACUCCGCAGUUUCCUCUCGCAGCGUGCACUUCACCGGACUGUCGGACUAUUUAACCCCGUAACAGACACUCGUGGGGACGUUUAUCUUCGAGCACUGAGAGGAUGAAGGGGAGGAAUCCUGGCAGUUUGUGGAGUUUAUAGGAACAGCAGCACUGGCAGCCAUUCCCACUCCUGCUUGAUCACUCGCCCUGCUUCAUGAGGCAGCAGGAUGCAGCUGAGGUCCUCGCACUCUCCGAGCGCCUCCUCAUAGCCUCACACAAGGGGCAAAGUGAAAAUGUGGUCCAGCUCAUCAACAAGGGCGCAAAGGUAGCUGUCACCAAGUAUGGCAGAAGCCCCCUGCACCUGGCUGCCUACAAAGGCCACAUUGAGGUUGUGCGUAUCCUGCUCAAAGCCGGCUGCGACCUGGACAUCCAAGACGACGGGGGGCAGACUGCGUUACAGCGGGCUGCUGUGGUGGGAAACAACGACGUCAUCAACGCUCUCAUCCAGGAAGGGUGUGCACUGGACAGGCAGGACAAGGACGGGAACACGGCUCUCCAUGAAGUGUCCUGGCACGGCUUCAGCCAGUCGCUCAAAGUCCUGGUGAAGGCCGGAGCCAACGCUCAUGCCAAAAACAAGGCAGGAAACACAGCUCUCCACCUUGCGUGUCAGAACGGUCACGCUCAGAGCUCCAAGGUCCUGCUGCUGGGGGGGGCCAGGCCCGACAUCAAGAACCAGCAGGGGGAUACGUGUCUGCAUGUGGCCGCUCGCUACAACCACGUUGCCGUGAUCCGCAUCCUGCUGGGAGCCUUCUGCUCCGUGUCCGAGAGGAACCAGGCGGGCGACACACCGCUGCACAUGGCUGCUGCUCUGAAUCAUAAGAAGUCGGUGCGUCUGCUGCUGGAGGGGGGGGCAGACAGCCAUAUUUGCAACAAUGCAGGACACACAGCUCUGGAGCAGGCCAGAGAGCACAACAACCCAGAGGUGGCUCUUCUGCUGACCAAAGCUCCAAAGGUGCAGAGUUUUGUGCGUGGCCGUAGUGUGAGGAAGAGGAGAGACAAGCUGAAGGCGGAGGGCAGAGCGCAUUCUGUGCCAAGAGACCAGAUGCUGCCCUGCAAGGACAGUGCUUCUGCUGCAGAUGACUCCCAGAGCAGCGAGCGAGCGACCUGCAAACACACCGAGUCAAACGCCAUGCGGGGGAACAGCAGGAACCAGAAAGAGAAACCAUCUUUGUCCGAUCCCCUCCAACGCAAAGAGACCAAGCCCGGUGUAGCUUUCACCAAGAGGAAAUGCAAACUGCGGGGAGCCCCACUUCACGGGUCCAUCCCUCCGCAUAACUACAAAGCCUAUCAGCUGUACACCCUGUACCGCGGCAAGGACGGCAAGAUCAUGCAGGCUCCUCUGAACGGCUGCCGCUGUGAGCCUCUCAUCAGUAAACUGGAGAACCAGCUGGAGGCCACCAAGGAGGAGAUGAAGACUGAGAUCCACACUGUGCAGGACCUGAUGAACACCAAGAUGGGCCAGCUGGACCGCAAGAACAAACACCAGAUGCGAGCUCUCGACAAGAUGACCCUGGAGAGGGUGUGUGCCGAGAGGACAGAGUGUGUGCAGAGGAUGGAGCAGCGGGCCCUGCAGGAGAGGCUGGAGGCGGAGAAGAGACAGCAGGCGUCUCUGGUCCGCGAGCUGAAGAGCUGGGGUCUGUCCAAGCUGCACAACAUGGAGCCCAGCAGCCCCCCCCUGCGGCGCUGCUCCUCUGUGUCCGAGGGCCUGAACGAGCUGCCGUCAGAUCAGGAGGGCCCCCAGAGCCGGGAACUCCAGCACAGCCCCGCCCUCCUGGACUCCAGCCUGGGGAGGCCCAGCGUGGGUGAGGGUGGCUCACCCAAACAGUACUUUGUGGUUCAUGUGGAUAGCUCCCCAGAUGGGGGGAAGGCUCAUCGGGCCGAGUGCUCCUCUCCAGCAGCGGUUAAGAGCCAGACCUCCUCUGUGCAGGUGGUGCGGCCGAAAGAGCGUCCUGCGGUCUGUGCUGACCCGCAGAAGAAAACCCUGGACCUGCAGGAUGUGCACACGCUGGAGGACGGGGCGAGGGGGGGCAGGAUUUACAGAGCCAGCAGCCUGUCCCCGGCCGCGGAGCGCCGCAGCAGCAGCAGGACUGAGUCAGGUCUCAAAGACAGGGAGCGAGGGCGGGACAGAGGGAAGCACCACAGGAAACAGGGCAGGACUAAGUCCAGAGGGGCAGCAGGGGUCCGGACUCUGGAGGUGUUCGGGGAGAAGCCCGUAGAGCCCUCCUUCGCUCAGGAGAGGGAGGUCAUGCACGCUCAGGAGGUGACGCAGUACUUCUUCGAGGCGGUGUCCACGCAGAUGGAGCGCUGGUACGAGAGGAAGGUGCAGGAGGCCCGCUGGCAGGCCCACCAGAAGGCUCAGGCUGACAAGGCCGCCCUCAUGGAGAGGAUCCACUACCUGGAAGACGAGCUGCACAUGCUGAGGACUCACCGACAGGACGACUGCUGACACACACCAGCACCUGUCACACACCCUCUAGUGCCAGGACUGUCUCACUCAGAACAUUACUGAACUCUUCGGCCCAAUUCCAAACGGAUCCCUACACCCUCUCCCUACACAUUUUACAUCGGUCCUGACUCACCACCUGCACUACCUGACAGGUGCAGCGCUGUUUGUGUCAGUCAUGAAACACCUUUUCUACCAACUGUUCCUGUAAACAUUUACUGGUAAACUGCGCAAAAAAGAGACAUUUAAUAGCGUCCUAUCUCACCUCGGUUUUUAUUACUUAGGAUCAAUAUCCCGUGUCUAGUCUUGAAAACUGUAAACCGUUCAUUUGAUCGUAUAGUUUCGUAUAUUCACAGACUGUUGCAAAAGCCAAGCAGCUUAUAAACAUCAGAUUUGAAAACACAAACAGGUUUACAAAAAAGAAACGCCAAUAUGUUAGUUAUUAUUUAUAUUUUUGUCCAAUAGAUGCUGAUUUGAAACCAUUGUUACGAAGUUGCAGCAUUUCCUGUUUCUGCCGGAGAGAGGGGAGUACAUCCCAAAGCCUGUCGAUGUAUUUACCCCCCCCCCCCACCACCGCCUCGUUCACCCGAGUGAGACUACAGACUGUUCACUCAGUGGUAGUGGGGAGGGGCCGGUUGGGAUUGUGCCUUUAUGUUCAGUGCUAAGUCAUAUCGUGGAAUACUCAACACGCUCCACAUCCAAACCCCUGUGCUGUUGGUUGUCUCAGCAGCACCGGGUACAUACAGUUGUAUAGAAGUAAGGGCAGCUCUGGUGCGCUGUCGAGAUAUGAAGCUGUGUCAAAAGAUUUGAGGUGCCAUUCUGGAGACGGAUCCAUCAGAACUGCAGAUGGUAUCGUAGUGACGGGGGGGGGCAUUACAGUAUAAUAAGCUCUUUAUUGCAUGCUGACUUCAGGAACUAACUCGUAUUUAUGAAAGGUAGCUACACUGUUAGUAUCAGUGUGUGUGUGUUUUAAUUCUGAUCAGUAUCAGAGCUGAUUUGAGUAGUAUGAUUUAUAGAGGCUGCCAUUAAAGUGGUUAUAGGCUUUUACAGUGUUUAGGUUAAUAAAUGGAUUAAAUAUGGAAGAAAUAUAUAUAUGUAAUACUCACAUAAAUAACAAUGAAAACUGCUGUUAUUACUCCCCUUAUCCUGGCCUCAAAAAUCUGUUUUAUUUUAGUAAUUUCAAUGUAUGGGCUACCUGUAAAUAUACAGCUCUGGAAACAAUGAAGAGACCACUCCACAUGUUUCUUAAAUCUUUAUCUCCACAUGUAUGGCAGCCAUUCCAGUGUUGGUUGAAUUCCAACACAGAGAAAUGUUGUCAGUAGUUUAUAGAAUAGAGUAAAACAAAUGAAAAUCUGAACUCAAGACACAUCUAUAAAAAUAAAACUAAUAAUGCUCAAGUGGUCUCUUGUUUUGUCCUGCAGCUGUGGGCACAUUGAUAUGGCCCAGAUAUUGUUUGUUUUUGCUCCUUUUUAUUUCUAGCACUAAUACAUUUCAAAAAGAAAAUCCCUGUGACAUUAUGUAGUGUUAAACUGAAAAUGAAACACUGUAAAAGUAUAUAAUUAUUCCAUUGGCACUCUCCAGACUCCAGAGAUCUGAAAUAACAAACCGUCUUAAGCUCAUCAUGAACUGUAAAGGAACGGCUCAGCCGUCUCGGUCAUCGUUUGCUCUGUGAUUGAUGGAAACAAAAUCAAUCCCCUAUCUUUUCUCACCAUUCUUAUGUGGAAACACCACAAAGCCCCGGUGUUCCAGUGUGCCAAUGCCUUGCCAGUCUCCACCCCCAGUGAAGGACAGUCCUGAUGUAGAGAGAGUUGUGGUGUUGCAUGAAGAAAGCCCCCUCUGUGCUCCAGUAUUACUGUCUCAUACAUGUUGCUAACAUGGAUACCUGUGGAUGUGAAUAAUGCACUCUGUUAAUGACGCCAGAAAACACAUUUUGUAUUAAAAAAGGUCAUUCUGAAUGUCA